AUGAGCACGGACGAUAGCCCACCCUUGCACUUUAUCAUCGAAUCAUCGACCUUAAUUCCCACUGGGGAUGCUUUUCGCAAAUUGCGUGAAUUCCUUCAAGAUUUCAAGGAGCGCACAGAAACUAGUGAUGCUGGGGGGCAAGAUCCCAACAAUGCAGCGUUAAAGAUUGCCCAGCUUAAAAAGCUCGUGCAGGGGGGCCGCAAAAAGGGUUGGUACAUCGGAGUCUGUGGUCCCGCAGGCCUGUCUUUUGCAGUUUUGUACUACAAGCUCCCGAUUGAUUUUGAUUCUAGUUCACAGCAGUGA